UGAGCUGCAUGUAAACCAGACAAAGAAUUCAUAAGCAUAUAUUAUAUUUAAAAUUUAUAAUAAACCCACCUGAGAAAUUGUCCCAAGACAGAAUAUUUUGUAGAAAAAUUUCAAAAAAAUGGGAGCUCUGGAAAGAGUUGUGGAGUUGCUAAGACCACUUGUCAAGAACAAGGAGUGGGACUACUGUGUAAUUUGGAAACUAGGGGAUGAUCCUUCAAGCUUUAUCAAAUGGGUGGACUGCUGUUGUUGUGGUGGUGCUGCUAAUGGGCAUGCCACAGCGAAAGAAGAAAGCGGUGAAGAUGUGCAGCAACAUAUAUUUCCUAUAUGCAAAGAUAUUUAUUUUCCUCAUCUGGCAAAGACUAAAGCUUGUGAGGCUCUUGCCAAGUAUCCAGCUUCGAUGCCAUUGUACUCUGGGAUUCAUGGAGAUGUGGCAAUAUCAAACACACAAAUGUGGGUUACCAGUAAUGCAACUGCCUCCAAUCCAGUUAGUCUUCUAUCUCUUUUAUUGAAGUUGGAAUAUCGUUUCUUGCAUUGGCAGAAACCAGGAGGAACUCAGGUUAUAAUUCCUGUUGUUGGAGGCCUCAUUGAGCUCUUCAGUACUAAGAACGUACUGAAAGAUCAGAAGCUAGUAGAGUACAUCACAGCUCACUAUAACAUGUCCUUGGAACACGAAAUCAUGACAGGACAUUGCAAUACGAAUCAUAUCAUCAAGGAAAGGUCUCAUGAUCCAUUUGUUAACGAGUGCUUAAGCGUCAUGCCUAUGCUACAGAAUGAGGCCCCAAAUUUUAACAUUGAUGGAUCACCCACUGGUCCAACCCCUUUAGAUUGUCCUAAAUCAACUAGGGACUCAUCAGAAUCUUGGGAAUUGAACUCGAAGAGCAAACUGUCCAAGAAAGAAGAGACUAAAGCUAAUUUGAUGUGCUCCAAACGUGCAUUUGAUCGCCAAGAUAGGCCAAAGAGCAGGCAGAGAACACAGAUGGAAUCAUACCAAUCAAAAAAUGUUCUUAUAGAGAGAAAUAGAAGGCAGAGAAUCAAAGACGGGCUCUUUACACUACGUGCUUUAGUCCCCAAGAUUUCAAAGGUCCUGAUAUCUAGUCGUAAUUUACAACUUCACAUUGCAGUAACUAAUUCAAUUUUUCCACGAAUAUCCUGA